AAAAACUUUAUAAAUUGUUUUUUUUUGUGUUGUGUAGAAUAUGGAAUCAAUUGUUGUCAGCAUGGGGUAGUGAGGAUUAAUUGUUGAGAUGAAUGGGGUUCAAGGUGGCGAGAAAUGAUGUGAUUGAUUUGGGGAUUAAUGGAAUGGAGUAUUUGGUUUUGGAGGAUAUAUUUGCUGAAUUCCAUUUGAGAUUCGUGUUGCCAUCACUUUGUUCAGUUGAGGGCAUAAAUAUAUGUCAAUAUUUUAACAUUUUUAAAUGGGCACUGGGUUUAACUUUAGUUGUAUUAAUGAUAAUUGAAUGAAUUUUGAACUCAUUGGUGAAAAGAAAAGUGUACGGACUUUGCCUUUGCUCCCCUUUAGUGGGUUUAUAUUGAGAUUCUUCUUGGCAUUUUUUAUUCGUUUAUAUUGUCUUAUCAUGGACCUCAUGGUGUAAAGUGGCUAGAGUAAGUUUGCUUAUGUCAUUGAUUAUACGAGCUUGAGCUUCUUCUACCAGGUUCUAUAAGAAUGAUAUCUGUAAUUUUGUCAGAUAUUCUUAGUUAGGAAACAGAUAUUGGAAUAGUUUUGUGAAACUAUUGCUGAAUUUUUUGGUCUAUUGAUUGCACGGGUAGUUCAAAACUUGCCUGUACAUCCCUUUUUCUUUUACUAAGCAGAGCCCUCUCCAACCACUGGUUCCUUUAUGAAGACUCAUAUGAUGCAUGGCCCUAUUGGUUCUACAAAUCCGGUAACUACUGUUUUCUCCAACACCAAUAUCUUCAAUGAAAGAAACUCCAGCUGCUUCGAAUUUAAACCACAUGCUUCAUCAAAUAUGGUUCCUGCAGAUUUGAACCAACAGAGAAGUGAAAAAUCUGUGCAAGCCCAAGGUCAGUGCCAGCCUCAGGCAUUUGCAUCAUCACCUUCAGUGAAAAAAGAGAUGGCAGUUUCCUCAAAUGAGUUGAGUCUUGCGUCACCAGGUCACAUGGUUACUUCAGGGGCUAUUGUACCAGUUGAAGUUGAUACUGAUGAACCAAACCAUAGAGGGACCUCUAACACCGGAGUUCAAGCUUCACAAUUUGAUCAUAAAGGAAGUGGACCUUCAGUCAUUGCUGAGAGGCCAUCUGAUGAUGGAUAUAACUGGAGAAAAUAUGGACAGAAACUUGUUAAAGGAAGUGAAUUUCCACGUAGCUAUUACAAAUGUACACAUCCUAACUGUGAAGUGAAAAAGCUGUUUGAGCGCUCUCAUGAUGGACAGAUAACUGAGAUUAUCUACAAGGGGACACAUGAUCAUCCUAAACCACAACCUAGCCGUCGAUAUACUGCUGGUGCUAUUAUGGCUGUUCAAGAAGAAAGAUCUGAUAAGGCUCUAUCUUUAAAUGGUCGAGAUGAGAGGUCUGGCAUGUUUGGACAGACAUCCCAUACAGUUGAGCCAACUAGCACUCCUGACCGAUCUCCUGUUGCAGUAAAUGAUGAUUGUCUAGAUGGAGGUUCAAUGCCAAAUAGGAUCCAUGAUGAGGCUGAUGAUGAUGAUCCAUUCUCAAAGCGGAGGAAAAUGGACAUUGGCGGGGUUGAUGUCACUUCGGUGGUUAAGCCUAUCCGGGAACCACGAGUUGUUGUUCAAACUCUUAGUGAGGUAGAUAUACUGGAUGAUGGGUACCGCUGGCGCAAAUAUGGGCAGAAAGUGGUCAGAGGCAAUCCUAAUCCAAGGAGCUACUACAAGUGCACAAAUGCUGGAUGCCCUGUUAGAAAACAUGUGGAGAGAGCAUCUCAUGAUCCCAAAGCGGUUAUAACCACAUAUGAGGGGAAACACAAUCAUGAUGUACCUACUGCAAGGACUAGUAGUCAUGACACAGCAGGACCCACGGCUGUGAGUGGACCUUUGAGGAUUAGAUCAGAAGAAAAUGAUAAUGUUAGCCUUGAUCUUGGGGUUGGGAUCAACUCAGCUGUUGAGAAUAGAUCCAACGAGCAUAGGCAGACACAUCAUUCUGAUAUUCGAGGAAGCCAAACUCACGCUAGCAGUUCACAUUAUAAUGUAGUUCAAGCCACCCCAGUCAUGACAUACUUUGGUGUUCUAAAUACUGGCAUGAGUCAGUAUGGGUCUAGAGGAAAUCCAAGUGAAAGCCUUAACAUUGGAAUUCCACCUUUAAACCAUUCCUCUUACCCAUUUCCCCAGAACAUGGGGAAAAUACUAACAGGUCCAUGAAAUUGUUCACUAUGAAAAAGCCAACAAAAAUAAGAUGCUGUGCAAUUUUUAUUUUUUUUCCCAUCCUUUUCGGCUUAAGAAGAAAAAGGCAAGAGUCUGAAGAUGAUAUUAGGAUUCCUAUACAUUUUUCUUUAAGUAUCUGAAAGCUGUUAUUGGUAUUGACUGCCCCCUGCAAAUGCCUUUGAAGUCCAAAUACAAUUUGUAUGAAGAGCUGUUCCUGGUCUUGACUGCCUCCCCGCAAAUGCCUUUGAAGUCCAAUCACUAUUUGUAUUACAUUAACUCUCGAAGAAUACAUUGUACAAAUAUGAAAUUGAGACUCGUAUGAAUUUCUGACAGAAAGACAGUACUGUAACUUAUCAAGUGCAUGUAUUUGUAAGAAAUAUAGUUCUAUCUAUUGGCCUUUUUCUUAUUA